AUGGCGGACCAUGCAUCAGCUGUAGAUCUGGUGUCACCCUUCCCUAUGACUUACAAUCCUAAUACUUGGAACUUCAAACCCAGUAACUUCCCUGCAUUUAUGGACUAUCGCAUGCUGGACAGUGAUGGUUUUCGCAGCGGAAGUACAUUUAACCGUGUGCCGUCAUUCCGUAAUCGUACGUACAACAUACCAGUGACCAUUGAGAGAUCUCCCUCUGUACCAGUGCUUAGGACAUCAGAACCUUACCGCCCAGAAUGGACCUCAACGAUACGACCACUCACUGAUCGGAACACUACAUUUCCAUCGGAGCCGAACAUGCCAGUCGAUAGAACCAACUUUAACAUCGAUGAAUCUGGAAGUGACGACGUUGCUGCUGGUCGUGCUAGGAUCACCUCCAUUGACGUUCUGAGCGACGAGAAUGGUCGAUCGCACCAUACAGAGAAAUACGAUCUUGUCCAGGCCGGAGGUCUGGUAGUAAGGAGGGGGCAGUCGUUCAACCUAGUUAUGCACUUCGACAAAAAGUUUAGCCUCAAGAAAAAUACCAUUCGACUUGUCUUCAAAGCUGGACCGAAUCCCAAGCCCGGCAAAGGGACGCAUGUCCAGUGCUUGCUACAGUCUGAACGUAAACCAACUGGUCCCAGCGAAUGGACGGCUGUUCUGAAGGGAAGACACAAGGAAAAUAGCGUAGUAGUUAUGGUGACGCCGCCAGCAGACUGUAUUGUAGCAGAAUGGCGACUAACAGUGGAAAAUAUUGUACCAGAUGAUGUGAAACCACGUGCCCUGAAAUAUACUAUGAAAAAGAGUAUUUUUAUUCUCUUUAAUCCUUGGUGUAAAGAGGAUGAUACCUACUUUCCGGACAUGAGCAAACUAAACGAAUACAUUCUUAACGACAGUGGGGUUAUCUUUAAUGGGGAUUCAAAGUACAUCGAUCAAAAGCCUUGGUUUUACGGUCAGUUUGAGUCUGACGUACUGGAAGCUUCCUUGAUGUGUGUUCAGUUAGGAUUUGACUCUCGGUUUGGAUACGCCAUGUCUAACCCAAUCCGUGUGUCCAGAAUCAUAUCCAAGAUUGUGAAUGUUAAUCAGGAUAAUGGUGUGUUGGUGGGUAACUGGAGUGGGGACUAUAGAGAGGGGAAGAACCCGUCCUCUUGGAACGGAAGUGUGAUCAUCUUAAGACAGUUCCUCAAGUCAAGGAGGCCUGUUAAAUGGGGACAAUGCUUCACCUUCGCCGGAGUCGUGACGACCAUUUGCCGAGCUCUGGGAUUGCCCUGCCGCACCAUCACAAACUUCUCCUCCGCUCACGACACGGAUGGAAACAUCAAGAUAGACAUCUAUGUAGACGCCAACAGGAGGGAGGUGGUGCCCCCGAAUCAAGAGAGGGAUAGUAUCUGGAAUUCCCAUUGCUGGAACGAGGUUUGGAUGGAGAGGCGCGAUCUUCCCUCUGGAUAUGGCGGCUGGCAGAUAAUUGACGCCACUCCUCAGGAAGAAAGCUCUGGUUUCAACCAAUGUGGUCCAGCAUCACUUAAAGCAAUAAAAGAAGGCAGGUGCGAACUGCUAUAUGAUACGCCGUUUGUAUUUGCGGAAGUAAAUGCAGAUAAAGUUGUUUGGGCCCGCGGAGAGGGCGGUAAAUGGUCCAUUGUUACUCUAGAUCCUGCAGCAAUAGGUAAGAAUAUUAGCACCAAAGUUCCUGAUGGACUACCCAUUAGAGGACGAGGAUCUAGGAUUCGUGAGGAUAUCACGAAUGAUUACAAAUACCCAGACGCGUCAGCUCGAGAAAGACUUGCGGUGAAGAAGGCAAGCCGUGCUCGGAACAGUAGUGCACCCUACAUCAAUGAAAACAAAGUGGAAGAUGUGCAAUUUCACGGCUUUGUGGACAGAAAUUAUGUUAAUCUUGGCCAGGACUUUGUCGUGAGUUUUUCUUUUACCAACACAGCAGCACUAACAAGGACGGUCACGGCUAAGAUGAUCUGCGAGGCCGUAUUGUAUACUGGGCGGCGACACCAAAAAAUCAAAGAACAGUCGUAUCAGUUACCUGUUGCACCUUCAUCAAAUGGAGAGAUGUCAAUGGAAAUCUCCGCAUCGGAUUACCUCCACAAGAUUACUGAAAAUGUUGACCUCAAAGUUUCCAUUGUUGCGGAGGUUCAGGAGACGGGUCAGAUAGUCUCGUGGGAGGACGACUUCCGGCUCCUAAAACCGGCAAUGGGCAUUGAGGUACUUUCACCCUCUGUUGAGGUAAACAAGCCUUUCCAGUGUCAAUUAAGGUUCCGGAACCCACUGAACACAAUUCUUAGGAACUGUUCUAUUAGUGUGGAUGGACCUGGAAUUGAUGGAGAGUUCGAUCAGAGAAUCAGUGAUGUAGCGCCGAGAACCGAAUGGGUGGCGGAAAUGACGAUGACCCCGAGGACACCAGGCAGGAAACAAAUUACUGUUACCUUCAACAGUGACCAAAUCGACGAUAUCAACGGAACAGCUGAUGUUUUGGUGUCUUCAAGAACCCAUAAACAUGGAUAUAUGUUUGAUUGUUUAAACUAAUGAUUCUGAUAAUUUUAUG